CGUCGCCGAAGGCUCGCGCUCUCGUGUCGGGAGUGCCGUCGUCGGAAAGUCAAGUGCGAUCACGACACGCCUUCUUGUGCAAAUUGCUUGCGCAACAAAACGCAGUGUAUCUACAAGGCCUUUAGCGACGAUGCACCUCCUUACAUCAGGCGGCCCGGACUCGGCAGACCUGGCGAUGCUGUCGACCCGGGAAGCGCAGCACCGAGGCCAACUGCCGCAAGCUCAUCGCCGCCAUCGCGGGCGGUCCAUGCCCAUACAAUAGCCUCAACCCCGCAGACAGACAAUGCAAAUGGAUCGAACGUGGCCUCCGACGGCCCCGGUGACUUGCCGCAAUCGAUGUCCGCCCGGCGACCGGGUCGCCAAGAACCCACUUUAUCUGACCUUCUCGACAGAAUUCAAAAACUGGAGUCUUCGACACCCCGGACCGAGGCCGGUCGCAGUCCCGUCGUCCACGAGGUGGCCGGAGCCGAACCGGUCGCACGCCGGCCCCCUGCUGGUUCGCAGCAGGAAUGGCAGGCCGUCCUGAACAAACCGCGGGACUGGGGCAGGAGUCGCUGGAUAAGCAAAGCGCCCGAGUUCGGGACCAUGAUUCGCUGCUACAGCGAGAUUAUGUGCAAGAAGAGCCAGGACGCCUCGUUUCAAGCGCCCGAAACCACCAGGCUGAUUACCGAAGCCGCCGACUUCCUUCAGAAAUGCAAAAGUAGAGCCAAGAGCAUCAAGGUCAGCCGGCCUACCAGGAGUCCUCCGUCGACCGAGGCCGGCUCGGCGACUUACUCCCGCGAGAUGGCCGAUGUGCUGGCCAAGCUCUACUUUACCUCCAUCGAAUCGGCCCAUCGGAUACUCCACGCACCCACCUUCUGGGCCGAGUAUGAGAAGUACUGGGAACGACCUGAAAGCGCUUCACCCGACCUCCGCCACAAGGUCAAUCUUGUUAUUGGCAUCGGAUCCAGCUUGUAUGACUACGGAGACGCGGCUGCCUCACAAAGGCGCACAGAAUUGCUUCACCAAUGGAUAUACUCGGCUCAGACCUGGCUUUCCGGACCGCUGGAGAAGGAUCGCUUGGACAUCUCCGGGCUGCAAGUCUACUGUCUCACCAUUUUGGCUCGACAGAUCUUCUCCAUCGGCGGGGACACGGUGUGGAUGUCGAUGGGGUCGCUUGUCCACCGAGCCAUGCAGGUCGGCCUGCACCUUGACCCCAAACACCUCCCGGCCAUGCCGGCGCUUCAGGCUGAGCUGCGCCGGAGACUGUGGGCCACGAUCUUGGAGUUUGUUGUCCAGUCGUCCUUGGAUGCUUGGAUGCCGCCACGGAUCGCCCUGAGCGAGUUCGACACCGAGCCGCCGUCCAAUAUCAACGACGAGGAUAUGGACGAGUCGACGACGGCGGUGCAACCUCGCCCGCGAGACACCUUCACGUCCACCUCGCUGCAGCUCGCUCUUCUGGAAUCCCUCCCUACCCGUCUCCGGAUCGUCGAGCUCCUCAACGGAAUGCACUCCGAACUCCGUUACGAGCGCGUCCUCUCGCUCACGUCGGAGCUGACCUCGGCGCUGCAAAACCAGGCCACUCUCUUCCAGUCGCCCGGUAACGGUUCCACCCCGUUCCAUCGCAACUACCUCGACUAUCUCACCCGACGCUUCAUCAUCCCGCUGCACUAUCCCUUCAGCCACCAAGCCCGCGUCAACCCCUUGUUUCACCGCUCGGUCAAGCUCAGCCUCGACGCCGGGCUCGCCCUCGUGUCUCCGGAGCCGGACGACGGCAUGUUCACCCGGCUGACGACGAUAUCCGGCGGCAUGUUCCGCGAAGGGUUCCAGUCCGCUACGACGGCGAUCAGCCUGGAGCUGCUGACGCACGUGGCGACGCAGCGCAGCGACGGCUCGCUGCACCGCGUGCACCAUUACCGCGGGUUCCUGAAGCAGGCCGUUCGCGACCUGAUCGGCGUGUCGGAGCAGAGGAUUCGCAUGGGCGAGACCAACGUCAAGAGCCACAUGUUCCUGAGCAUGAUCUUGGCCGAGGUCGAGGCCGUCGAGGACGGGAAGCCCGUGGAGGUGGAAGUUGCGAGGGCUGCCAGGGAUAGCCUGCGGUUUUGCGAGGGCCUGCUG